CCUGACAAACUCAGUCAGUAGACAACACAUCCGAGAGAGCUCGCUGGUCAACUACGCAUCAAUAUUCCUCUUUCUUAAAUUAGCCACGUUAAGCUUCGCGAUACCGCCCCCAAUUUCAGUGUCGGUACGGAGCCGCCAGGCCGGGACAGAGACGGAGAGAGAGCCCUCGGCCAUGGAAGCGCUCGGACCCGUACCCUCUCCGCCCCCCCCUCCAGGCCCGCCGACCCCGGCUCCCUCUCCGUUCCAGCCCCCCCGGCGGCCCGGCCUGGGCACGGUGGGGAAGCCCAUCCGCCUGCUGGCCAACCACUUCCAGGUGCAGAUCCCCAAGAUCGACGUGUACCACUAUGACAUCGACAUCAAGCCCGAGAAGCGGCCGCGGAGGGUCAACAGGGAGGUGGUGGACACCAUGGUCCGCCACUUCAAGAUGCAGAUCUUCGGAGACCGGCAGCCGGGCUACGACGGGAAGAGGAACAUGUACACGGCCCACCCGCUGCCCAUCGGGAGAGACCGGGUGGACCUGGAGGUGACCCUGCCCGGCGAGGGGAAGGACCAGACCUUCAAGGUGUCCCUGCAGUGGGUGUGCGUGGUGAGUCUCCAGAUGCUGCUGGAGGCCCUGUCGGGGCACCUCAACGAGGUCCCGGAGGACUCGGUGCAGGCCCUGGACGUCAUCACGCGACACCUGCCCUCCAUGAGGUACACUCCUGUGGGCCGCUCGUUUUUCUCCCCCCCAGAAGGCUACUACCACCCCCUGGGGGGGGGGAGGGAGGUGUGGUUCGGUUUCCAUCAGUCUGUCCGUCCUGCCAUGUGGAACAUGAUGCUCAACAUCGACGUGUCGGCCACGGCGUUCUACCGGGCCCAGCCGGUCAUAGAAUUCAUGUGUGAGGUGCUGGACAUCCAGAACAUCAACGAGCAGACCAAGCCCCUCACGGACUCCCAGCGCGUCAAAUUCACCAAGGAAAUACGAGGUCUUAAAGUGGAGGUCACACACUGCGGUCAGAUGAAGAGGAAGUACCGUGUGUGCAACGUUACCCGCCGUCCUGCCAGCCACCAGACGUUCCCCCUGCAGCUGGAGAACGGCCAAGCCAUGGAGUGCACGGUGGCCCAGUACUUCAAGCAGAAGUACAGCCUGCAGCUCAAGUACCCCCACCUGCCCUGCCUGCAGGUGGGGCAGGAGCAGAAGCACACCUACCUGCCCCUCGAGGUGUGUAACAUUGUGGCCGGCCAGCGCUGCAUCAAGAAGCUGACAGACAACCAGACGUCCACCAUGAUCAAAGCCACCGCCCGUUCUGCCCCAGACAGACAGGAGGAGAUCAGCCGACUGGUGAGUGACGGCGCCCUCCUCUGGACAGGGGUGAAGAGCAACAGCAUGGUGGGCGGUCCCGACCCGUACCUGAAGGAGUUUGGCAUCGUGGUGCACAACGACAUGACGGAGGUGACGGGCCGGGUGCUGCCCGCGCCCAUGCUGCAGUACGGGGGUCGCGUCGGCAGCGACUCGGGCCGGGACUGUGGCAGGGGACUCUCUCCGCAGAAUAAGACGGUGGCCACGCCCAACCAGGGCGUGUGGGACAUGAGGGGGAAGCAGUUCUACGCCGGCAUCGAGAUCAAAGUGUGGGCGGUGGCCUGCUUCGCGCCGCAGAAACAGUGCCGGGAGGACCUGCUGAAGAGCUUCACGGACCAGCUGAGGAAGAUCUCCAAGGACGCGGGGAUGCCCAUCCAGGGCCAGCCCUGCUUCUGUAAAUACGCCCAGGGGGCGGACAGCGUGGAGCCCAUGUUCAAACACCUCAAGAUGUCCUACGUGGGCCUGCAGCUCAUCGUGGUCAUCCUGCCCGGCAAGACCCCCGUCUAUGCGGAGGUGAAGCGUGUGGGAGACACCCUGCUGGGAAUGGCCACCCAGUGUGUCCAGGUGAAGAACGUGGUGAAGACCUCCCCCCAGACCCUGUCCAACCUCUGCCUGAAGAUCAACGCCAAACUGGGGGGCAUCAACAACGUCCUUGUGCCGCACCAGAGGCCCUCUGUGUUCCAGCAGCCAGUCAUCUUCCUGGGGGCGGACGUCACGCACCCGCCGGCGGGCGACGGGAAGAAGCCGUCCAUCGCGGCGGUGGUGGGCAGCAUGGACGGACACCCCAGCCGCUACUGCGCCACUGUCCGCGUCCAGACGUCCCGGCAGGACCUGUCCCAAGAGCAGCUGUUCAGCCAGGAGGUGAUCCAGGACCUGACCAACAUGGUUCGGGAGCUCCUCAUCCAGUUCUACAAGUCCACACGCUUCAAGCCCACCCGCAUCAUCUACUACCGGGGGGGCGUGUCCGAGGGCCAGAUGAAGCAGGUGGCGUGGCCGGAGCUGAUCGCCAUCAGGAAGGCCUGCAUCAGCCUAGAGGAGGACUACCGGCCGGGCAUCACCUACAUCGUGGUCCAGAAGCGCCAUCACACCCGCCUCUUCUGCUCCGACAAGUCCGAGAGGGUUGGGAAGAGCGGGAACGUCCCGGCAGGAACCACGGUGGACAGCACCAUCACACACCCGUCCGAGUUUGACUUCUACCUGUGCAGCCAUGCAGGCAUCCAGGGCACGAGCCGGCCCUCCCACUACCACGUCCUGUGGGACGACAACUGCUUCACGGCGGACGAGUUGCAGCUGCUCACCUACCAGCUGUGCCACACCUACGUGCGCUGCACCCGCUCCGUGUCCAUCCCCGCGCCCGCCUACUACGCCCGGCUGGUGGCCUUCCGCGCACGCUACCACCUGGUGGACAAAGACCACGACAGUGCGGAGGGCAGCCACGUGUCGGGCCAGAGCAACGGCCGGGACCCCCAGGCGCUGGCCAAGGCGGUGCAGAUCCACUACGACACCCAGCACACCAUGUACUUCGCCUGAACACCACCAGACGCCAGCUCCCUUUUCCGCACUUCCCCGCCCCCUUUCUCUCCUCUCUUCCGUGUCUGUCCCCCCCCCACUACCUUAAACCUCCCUUUUUUUUUUUUUCUCUAUCACUGUGUCUCUCUCCCUCCCCGCCGUCGGUUAUCUAUGUCUCUCUCCCUUCUUUUUGUUGAGGAUCCUCCCUGACGAGGCCUCAACUCUGCCAUCUUUCUUCGCCCUCCUGGCACCUUUCUGUUCGAACUGGGGGUGGGUGGGGGAGGGGGGAGGGAGGGAGGGAGAGAGGGAGGGGACGGGGACGCGAACACCAACACCAACAAGAGUUCUGUACGGAGCCGCCUCUACAACCAGCAAAUCGUGGCAACCGUGGAACCCGAUGCACAAUCGAUUUUUAAAAAGACGACACACACACACACAGACCCCAUUACGAGCCAUUACUGGGACGGUUCCAUUGUUUGUUUUUUUAACCCAAACCGAGUGAUCGUUCCUCAAACCUUGAUUUGUUUUUAAACCGGGCGGCGGGGGGGGGGGGGGGGGGUUAAAAAAAAAAAUAAAGAAAAAGAAAAAAAACACGAAACAACAACAUGGCCGUUAUGUGCUGGGUGAACUCGCUGGUGGGCGGCGCCGCGUUGCCAUGGCAGCUCCCAUCAGCCGACAGGACUCUGACUCUACCUUUACCUCAAAGCCCCACACGGGCACAACUCUGUCACAAGGUCUCGGGUUGAGUUUUCCUUUAAGGGGAGGGGGGGGGGGGGGGGGGGGGGGGCUACAGGGGGGGAAAGGGGAGUUGAGUUUUUUUUUUUCAGAAUAUGUCUAUAUAUAAAUAUCUAAAUAUAUGAUGCAUAUAUUUUUUGUUCCUUUUUAUGAGCGUGCGCGUUCGGUUCGUUUCUUUACAGUCUUCUACAAAAGCGAGGUGACCUUGGUCAAAUCCACUGCUCCCCCCCCCCACCCCCCCCCCCCCUUCAUUUAGCAACAAAUAAGUGUGUGUGUUUGCUUUUGUGUAUGGCAGUGCCUGUGUGUAUACAAGGGGUCGGUAAAGUGUGUGUGUGUGUGUGUGUGUGUGUGUGUGUGUGCGCGUUUCAUUGCAAGCCACUGCAUUGUAAAGGGAAAACUGCUGUAAAAGCCUCAGAUGUUGAUGUUUUUAUAUUCACACAUACAGGACAUAUAUAACUUAUAUUUAAAUCUAUAAGAGCAACUUUUAAGCAGAUUACGUAUCUUUUCCCCCCUCCAGGGGGAGGUAUUGGCAGUAGUCCCAGGUCUGUUAUUCAGCGGAACCUCUUUGGUCACUCUGCGCGUUUUCGGUCCUAACAAAUACUACUUCACUGGGUUUUUGCGAACUCUGUAUCCUACUAACGUUGGCUGUGUGGCUGGUGAAAUCAAACGUGACUUUUAAUGUCACUUGCGACACCAACGGUUUUCUGUGUACAGUUGAAACUGUCCCAGAGUGGUAACCAUAGCAGCAGCAGCAGUGUGGAGUGACCCGAUUGGUUUCCAGGGGAAACAGGCUUGGGCCUUUUCAUGUAGCAGCGGUUUAGUGUGCGUUUAGAUUCAUUCACCUGUGGCUCCAGAUUUGGCCACCAGAUGGCGCUGUCUGAGUGCGGUAGGGCUUCAAGCCACAGAGCCCUGAUAAUCACCCGAUUGAGGCGAUGUUGAUACACUGUCAAAAGAGGAUUGGUUGUUUUAUUUUAAUCUCUUCCCCCACAAUAGAGGUGCUAGCCAUCCUGUAUUGUGUGUGUGUGUGCGUGUGUGUGUGUGUGUGCGUGUGUGUGUGUGUGUGUGUGUCCGGCCAUCGCUGAUACUGACCCAGGCGAGAGGGGGACAGAAAUGGAGCGCACUCAAACAACUCACCUGACCUUUUAUGCAUUUAUACAUAAGAAUCGACACAAAAACAGAUUUGUAAAAGUUUAAUAUAAGACGUUUUGGUGGACAUUCUCUUGAAGAAAAUAUUGUCGUUUAGAAAUCGGUAGAUGACCGUCGGUGUUGUUAUUGUUCUGUGUUGUUGUUCUUGUUGUUACUAUGGUGAUGACAUUUUAAGGUUUGGUAGCAAAGCCACUUGUGUAGUUUUUAUAUAGUGACUUUUAGAGUGAGCCUGUGGGUCAGUGGAGCUUUGUGUUGGAAAACUUAAUGGUAGCAUUCUGGCCAUGAGAAGGAGAGUGACGACAAGGAGGAGAGGGAGGGCGAGGCUGCAGGAUGGCUGAUUUUAUACUCCUUUUUUGUAGCUACCGUUGUGUGUAAAGAUUGGAGUCAGCCUCUGCUUAUUAGGGAUAGGGUGUGGAUGAGCAGGCAGCUGAUUGGUCGGUGCCCCCGCUCGUCAGUGAGGGUGUGGAUGAGCAGGACGCUGAUUGGUCGAGGCUCAACGAGGCGGUGGUGGUGUUGUGGAGACGACGAACGUCUGAGUGGUAAAGCGCAGGGGAUUGGACUUUUAAAAAAGAAUAACCGUGGGGCAGCGACGAAUUGGAUUUAUUUUUUAACUUCAAACCUACUAAGAAAAACCAACGGUUCUUUUCUAUUGUCGUUCGUCCUCUUCGAGCGACAACGCGGAUAUCUAGAAGGCUCUUAAAACGUGUUUUUUUUUUGUUCCGUUUCUUUUGUACAUUUAUGCAUUUUUACCCUUGUAUUUAAUGAAUUGACGAUAAGCAUUAGCACUGACUCACCCAUCUCCCCCCCCCCUUCAACACAAACACUUAACCAACUAAUUCUGGGAACACCAGUGGUAGCCAUAGCGACAGCCACACUACGGUGGCCGGGGUUGCCAGAUUGGGCGGGAAAAAAAAUUGCCCAAUCUGGCAACCCUGACGGUGGCCAACCCCUCCACGGCGUGCGACGGGAGGGCGGGAGAGAGUUCAGGGGCGCCCAGGGGGAGUCGUCGACGCACACGCCUCGCCAGGAGGGCAGCUCGGCGGGAAACCAUUUUGUAAUAAACCACCCGUAAAGCAGCAGGUUUACUAUGGAUGAGUUUGAGCACCCGCCUGCCGGGCGCGUGCGCGUUCGGCCUCGGCCAAUGGGAGGGCAGGAGUGGAAUGUGGGAGGGGCCGGUGAGCCGUUUCUUCGCUGGGUUCUGGAAGAAGAGGUGUGUUGUCCAGGCAUUGCAUGCAAUAAAUUAAUCCAGACAGGGGUGGUUACAUUUUUUAUUUUUUUGUUUUUAAUUUUUUUUAAACGUGCACUAGUUUUCUCAGCCGAGUGGGCUGACAUGAAAUGUUGUUCGAAAGGCUUCAGGAUUCGUCCGUCGGCACAAGUCUUUUUUUUUUUUUUCGAGCUCCCACAACGUUCUUAUGAUAUAGGAUCAGCAAUCACUCCCCGUGUUUCAACUCGACAUUGCAAAGCAAUAUUAUUCCAAUAUGUAGUUUUUCAGACGCGAAGAAAUCAAGCUAUAAUUAUUCUCUCUUUGUGGCUCUCUCGGUCAGUUAUUGUCGUUUGUUUGUGUGUACUUUUUAUUUGUAUCUUUUCUCUUGCUUGUAUCAAUCAGUGGGGACGUGCAUUUCGUGAAAUGGCUCUGUUGACUCCGUUUUAUUUUAUCACCCCGCCUGCAUGCCAUGAAUUUUGUCCUUUUUAAAAAAAUAAAUAUAAAAACAAGAAAAAAAAUUAGCAUUAUGACGACAAGGAGGAAAUACAUCGACAGUUUUUCUAAGGUAAAGCGUUGAUUUUAAAAGUGAGGCUGUUUUAAGGCUAGCGAAAUUUGUCCAGUCUCAAACCGACCCGACGUAUUUUAAAGAUUCCUACAAACACACCUGCCGUCGGUUCUUCGGCCGGCGUCGCCCGGUUCUCCCCGGGGGGUGAGGGGCGGGCGGGGGUCGAUCUCUGCCCGGCGUCCACAUUCAAACGAGGUACCCCUUUCUUAAAAAUAAAAAAAAAAACACGGACCUGGUCGAGAUCUGCCCCUGCUCCUCACCCCCCCCCCCCCCCCCCGAGGAAGGGGUCUCCUCUCCCUUCCUGGUUUUUGUGCCCCCCACCCCCCCAUCCUGUGUCCUUGGCACCUAUGUACCAUCUUCACACAAAUGCACUUACUCUUUGUGUGGCGGCGGUGAGUUUUAGCAAAACCUAACGGCACCUACGGAACAGGAUUACCUCUUUAUAACCUUUUUAAAAAGAACACGAAAUGGAUCCAUACAUUCUUUCGGGCCCUUAUUGAAAGAGAGCAUGGUUUAUUUUGUAAUUCCUAUGACUUUGAUAUAUAUGAUUAUAUCUUAAUGGAUUUGUAAGUUGACAUUGUGUAUUGUGUAAUUUAAUUUUGUUUUUUUGUUUCCUUAUUUUUGGUUCCUUAUUCGGGGUGUGUUGUAGCUUACCGUUUUUUUUUUUCUAGCUAGUGGUCUCUUCGCAGUGUGAUUGUCCAAUAGCAAUAGAACAAUAGAAUCAGAACUGUUCGGUCUGAUUCUAUAUGAAUGGAACCCUUUUUAAAAAGUUUGAAGGGGCGGGACUUCCUCUGGCCCCUGAACAAGGGUGCCUAAUCAUUUGCUGUUAUUGCUAUUAUGUGAUGUUAUAUACUUUUUUCCUUUUUUUAGCCUGCAGGGAAUACUUGUGUUAAUGUGCAAAGUAAUAAAUUGAUAUUUUAUGCCCAUAUCAAAACCGA